GUCUGGUGAUCAGUGCAAGCAGGUCUGUCGACGCGUAGUGCGAAUUCAUCGAUCGAUCAUAUAACUCCAGUCCCACUUAAGACUCAACAUGAAGUUCUUGCUCCUGAGCGUGUUCCUUUGCCUGGCCGUGUGCUUCAUGGUCACCAGUGCUGCUCCCCGCGAGGAGGCCAUUCCCGAGGGUCUCGAAGGUCCCGGCAGUGAGUCCAUCAACCCCUCCGACGACCAGUCCUUCCUGCUCAAGCUGAAGCUGCUCAAGAAGCUACUGUUCCUGGGCUAGACAUCACCACAACCUCCCAUUCCCAUCCAUGGAUUUUUAGCUUAACUAUGUGUUUAGGUUUUUAAGAAGAAAAGAAAUCAAAUUAAAUUAAAAGAUGUAUUUGGUAACAGAA